GAGAUUGUACCGGUACUUAUUGUGAUUAUAAAUAGCGCCAUCUAUAUUGCAGGUAAUUAUGAAAUCAGUUGUCAAGCGGUAUCUCUUCAAACUGCAACAAGACAAAGCAAAUGAUGAAGUAAACGAAGGAGAACUCGAUGAGAUUAAGAAGGACAUUUCCAGUCUUCGUUUUGAGUUGAUGGAACAACUAUCUCGUCAACCGAGGACACUAGCCCCCGCUAAUUCGGAAUCAUUCGACAAUGAUGUAGAUAGUAUUAAAAAUAAACUAGCUUCGAUUGAACAGACUAUGGGCAACUUGAGCAACCGGAUCGAUGAGCUUCGAGACGACUUGGUUCUUCCAAGAAGCGAUGAUUGCCGUGAUAUAAACAUUGAGUACAAACAUUUACAGAACAAUGAAGGGCAUGUGAAUCCAGCCUACGUAGAACAUGCAUCAGAGCUAGAAAAACCCGAUUACGUAUGAUCUGAGAUUACUGUUAAGAAACUGAGUUUAGGUCAAAAUGUAGAAAUUGAGAUUUUAUGGUAACAUUCAAUCUGUCAAUUUAUGCGUGAAGCUAUUGCUCGAUGUAACCAAUGCAUAAUCUUGUCAAAGCCCUUUCAGUUUUUUUUUUUUUAAUAUGUAUUUAUUGACGUAAUAAAUAUCGUAAUUAUCAACAUAAAAAUUAUGUAAAAAUUAUCUAAGAUCUUAAUCAUUUGGUCCUUUUUUAGUAGGAGUGCAAAAGGAAGUGCAUCCCUUACAUCCCCAUCUGAAAAUCUGAAAAGGUGACCUAAAUAUGAUAAAUAACAUUUGACGGCAAGUGAAUAACCUACUCAGACUAACAUACUGACAUAUUGUUUACAUUUAAAUUAGCUCUUUUUGGGUGGAUUUGGCGUAAUGUGUUAUAUAAAUGUGAUCAUUUUAAUAUAUCAUCACCAAUAGUAGUAGCUUUUGUAGUACUAAAUAUAAAAUGCUAAAAUAACGUAUUUAAUAAAAAGGUCAGAAUUUAAUCAUAAUUAGCAUAAGGUAGCAAAAUUAAUGAAUGCAUCCAGGACUGCAUGAGAAACCAAUUUUUUGAACAAAUAAUUAGUCUAAUAUUUUUGUUGAGAUAACUUGGGACAAUAAUGUGAUAUAAUUGAAUUGAAUCAGUUGUUAGAAGGUCAAUUAAAAGUUAAGAAGAGAAAAUAAUUAUUUGCUUGUCAAAUGUCACUGUCCUAUUCCUUGAAUAGAUACUUAAAUGGAACUCAACAGUGAAUUUAAAAAUUCGAAAAUAAUAAAUUGUUUCGAUCUGUGUCUAAAUUAAAGUUCCUAGCAUAUUCGAUCCUUUUAGAUUAAUGGUGGUGAUUAGCUAUUUAAUGUUUUAAUAUAAAUUUUGUGUUUACAGAUUUAACACACACAGAAUCUGACUUAAAAAUCGACAGUAUGUGCUGCUUGUUGCUGUUGCUGCUGUUGCUACUAAUGUAGGCCUACUGUAUCUUUUUGGAUCUUAAAAAUGAUUAUAUUUUUAAACUCCAU